AUGCCCAUGGAUGUGUGUCAUGUAUUGCUUGGAAGAUUGUGGCAAUUUGACAAGAAAGUGGUGCAUAAUGGAAGGGAGAACACCUAUACAAUUGAGAAAGAUGGAGUGGAACAUACAUUGAUGCCUAUGAAGGAACAAGAAGUGGACAACAACAGUAAGGUAAUGUUGGUAAGUGGUAAGGAAUUCCUACAUGAAAUGAAGAACGAAGAAGUAAGAUUUUCUUUGGUUCUUAAACCUAGGCAUGUGUUUAUUACUACAAAACUUGAUGAUUUGCCUCCUGAAGUGCAAGGUAUUUUGAAUGAACAUUUAGAUAUUGUUGCAUCUGAUUUUCCUAGUGAGUUGCCACCUAUGAGAAGCAUUAGCCACCAUAUGGAUUUGAUUCUAGGAGAUAAUCUUUCCAACAAGACAGCCUAUAGGUUGACACCUAUGGAAAAUGAAGAGAUAAGGAGGAAAGUGGAGGACCUUUUGAAGAAGGAUUUGAUAAGGGAAAGCCUUAGCCCUUGCGUUGUUCCCACAGUGCUAGUACAAAAGAAAGGAUGGGAAUGA